ACAUAGCAUUCGAUUCUUCUGACUUUCGUUUUUCUCAAAGGGAACCUGUGCGAUCGCUGAAUGGGCCUGAGCAGACUGAUUGAUUUUGGCCAGCAUCCCUUCAUUGGUUAUUAUAGGUAGGGCUCGCAAAUGCAAACGCACAUCGACAACCGGCCUAUUCCUCAAGCUGCGAUGCACGCGUGUAUCUCUCAUCCAUGCCCAUGUGAACGUGAAAACUCAAGUGGAGCGAGACCGAGUAUCUGGAGGCUGGCAGAAAUCGGUCAGCCCGAUCUCCGAACCACACGACAUCGACGGACUCGAAUAUUGACAACCACCGGCUCUACGAAGCCUAUCCUGUGCUGGUACACGGCCGAAGAGCCUUGUCGGCCGACAGGUGGCUGCAAUUGAUCGACAUUGUGAAGGUGAGUAGAACAUCGGUGGAGGUUGACAGACUCGACGUGACCGAGAUCGCUGCCGGUCUGCCAGCCUCUGCUUCUUCCCCCUGUGGACGUGGGCGUGCAGAUUAACGGAGAGCAGGACAAAGUAUUCGGAGGCUGGCAGAAACUCAUCAGCCCAAUCUCCUGGACUCGAACAUGAACAAUCGGUUAUACGAGACCCAUUCUGUGCCGAUACACGACCAACGAGCCUUGGCGGCCGAGCUGUGUGCGAUCGAUCGACGCUGUGAAGGUAAGCUGAACACCGGUGGAGGCUGACAUUCUCAACGUGACCGAGAUCGCUCCCGGUCUGCCAGCCUCCUCUCCGGGAUGGCAUAUAAACCGCCUGAUACGCAGCCAUCUCGUCCUCACCUACUACCAUCAUCUUCGUUCCACACCUUCGUCGCAAGCUCGCCGAUAUCCACAUCCUCACUCUCCACUUCAACCUCAACCUCAACACAUCCACAACGCACACAUACAUCACCCCCAUCAUGUUCGGUCUACGCGAGUUGUUCAAGUCCCUCUCCAUCUCCCGCACCAUCCAUGUCCCUCACCUGCCCAUCCCUCGUGUCCUCCACCCUUUCGCCUCGUUCCGUCAGCCACCCAGGGACAACGCCGAGACUAUCAACCACACGCGGAUGCGGGCCAUCCGUGCAGAGGGUGGUAUUGUCAAGGAUCUCGAGGAGUCGCGGAAGGCGUUCAAGAAGGUCGUGUGUGGUCGUGAGACGGUGAAGGCAGCUGGGGGAGAGUAUGGGAAGGGCAAUGCUGUGUCCACUGGCAGCGCCGCUCCAUCGUACAGGCCGCACCGGGUUCCUCACCGGACUAUCGCUCAGCAGUCUCCUUCGCUCUCGAUUUCUCAGGCGAUGGCCCAACUUCGGAUUCGGCGACAGGAUGAGUUCACGGCGUCGUCGAAGCUCCAGACUGGUUUAAACAACGGACAGGGCCCGAUGGAGGAUAUCAUGCCUGCUCCUCUCGAGGAGGCCAUGGAGGAGAUUUUGCCUGCUCCUCUCGAGGAGUGUAUGGAGGAUAUCGUUGUGGCCCCGCUCGAGGAUGCUAUGGAGGACGUGAUCCCCGCUCCGCUCGAGGAGCAGAUGGAGGAGGUUCUGCCCGCUCCCCUUGUCUAUGCGCACCCUAUGACCCACUUUUACUGGACUCUGGUCAACCAGCCGGCGGUCCCCCCGCAGACGCCUCGUAUGAACAGGACUCGGGAUCGCGAGGCGUUCACUCCGGCAUCGCCUCUGGCUGCGAAGAGUCGGUAUUCGCUCUCGCAAAUCGCCGUGCUUCCUCUGACGCCAUUCCCCGAUACGCCGGUCAAGUCUCGGCGUCGGAGACGACUGAUGUCCGCUGGUAGCCCCUACUGAGGGGCACGUCGACCCGACUCUUUCUUCCCACUUCGGCCGUCCAGGCCUAGUCCCUCUUUGAUAGAGGACUCGCUGUCUUCGCCGCUCUGAAAUCCUCGCACCCUGCACGAACAGCUGUAGCUCUCCUCCACCCCGAGGCUGUGCGGCGCAAGUGAGGGACGGGCUCUUACCCGACGCUUCCACCUGUCGGCCUGUAUCCAUCGCUAGCUGCGCAUCGCCUCGCGAUCCAACCCCUGUUCCAUGCGUCUGCUCCCUCCGCCUCCACGGUUCGCGCAUGAGAGUGAAUCUCCCUCACCUUCAAGCACAGAUAAAUUGCCUCAUACCCAGGAUUCACAUUCCUAUACCCUUGACUCGUAUCUUGAUACCCUUGGGUCAGCCUUUCCUCUUCUUGGACUCGCCCGCGCACACCAAUUUGGCCGCAUCUCAAUGUCCUCCACGGAUGCGUUCCCUCAUACCUCGAAUUCACAUCCCUACACCCUGGACUUGUAUCGUCAUACGCCGGGUCUGUCGUUCCGUCUCUGUUUGGUUCCGCUCAAUACC